GCUCUAACUGCACUCGCACUAGCAGCUCUAACUGCACUCGCACUAGCAGCUCUAACUGCACUCGCACUGUGCGAUUUUGGCAACAACAUCGGACUCUGUUGUCUUUGCUGUUUCCUUUUUCUCUGCGGCGGUGUAAACACUUCCUGUUCCAGCGCGGUUUCAUGUUCGCUUAGUUUUGAAGAACUUUUAAAGUUUUGAAACUUCGGGACUACAUUGUCUACAUCGGUUUGAUUCCUCAAACAAGACUUGGGUGAAGAAUUUCUGUUCGGAAACUUGGACUUCACGCUGUCUGGAAGCUUCGCUGGAAGCAAAGUUAACGGAAAUGAGCUUCUUAUUUGGCAGUCGGUCUUCAAAGACAUUCAAACCGAAGAAAAACAUUCCGGAGGGUUCUCACCAGUAUGAGCUGUUGAAACAUGCUGAAGCAACAUUGGGAAGUGGUAACCUUCGAGCUGCUGUGAUGUUACCAGAAGGAGAAGACCUUAAUGAAUGGAUCGCUGUUAAUACUGUCGACUUCUUCAACCAGAUCAACAUGCUUUAUGGCACCAUCACUGAAUUCUGCACUGAGACCAACUGCCCCGUCAUGUCUGCAGGGCCGAAGUAUGAAUAUCACUGGGCCGAUGGUACCAACAUAAAGAAACCAAUCAAAUGCUCGGCUCCAAAAUACAUUGACUACUUGAUGACUUGGGUCCAAGAUCAGCUGGAUGAUGAAACCCUAUUUCCUUCCAAAAUUGGUGUGCCUUUCCCGAAAAACUUCAUGUCAGUGGCUAAAACUAUUCUGAAGCGUUUAUUCAGAGUCUAUGCUCAUAUUUACCACCAGCACUUUGACUCUGUCAUGCAGCUACAGGAGGAGGCCCAUCUCAACACUUCCUUCAAGCAUUUCAUCUUCUUUGUGCAGGAAUUCAACCUGAUUGACCGCAGAGAGCUGGUUCCUCUGCAGGAACUUAUCGAGAAACUAGGCACCAAGGACAGAUAAAAAAAAAAAAACCAUACCAACAUAUGCAUCACUGAAAUAUUUCUCCUUUUGUUCAGAGAAUUUUAAAGCCACAGUCAGUAUAUUUUAGGAAUAGAGGUGUAUUUUAAUAAUGUGCUGACUGUAGAUUAACAAUGUUUAUGUACCCAUUACAUGUUAGGAUGAUCUGUUUUUAACUUCGAUUUUAUCAGUCUUUUUUAUUUGGGCUUCAUGAACUAUAUAGUCGUUGGACAAAGUAGAUGGCAGAUAGAAACCAGAUAGAAACUGCAGGCAGAUUUUUGUAUUAAACCUUUCUUAUUGUUUUAUAUUCAAGCAUGUGAUCUUACCAUAUAUAAAUAUAUGGUAGAGAAAAACCAAUACAACACAUCUUUCAGUUUUGUAUUGAAGGUGAAUGGAGUACAAGGUUAUUGGUUUCUGUGAUUAGUACAUGUGUACAUUCUUGCUAGCGUCUAACAUUCCUUUCAUGCUGAAAAGGUUUUUAUGUAGGUCAGUAUUUGUGCUUUGAAAUUUAGACUGUAACAGUAAUGCUAAUGUCUGCAAGCUGCUGAUUUUACUCAUUUACAAAAUGCUGAUUUUUUAAAAAUAUUAUUUGCGUUUUUAAUAUCAUCAGUAGUUCUUUCCUUUAAUAUGAGGCAUUGAAAAGUAUAUUUGGUUCCAAGGAAAAAUGAAUGGACCAUGACUGAUUACUGUAUUUUUUUUUUUUUCUUUCUCAAAUUUGUAAAAUCAAACAUGGUGUUCUGGACUUUUCAGGACUAUGAAUAACUUUUUAAGAUGAGGAUUAAACCUAUAUUUGCAUCAA